CACGCGGGCGACUCAAUCGGACCCAUCUCCACUCCCGACUUCGAACCCUCGACUUCCUAAUCUCUGUCAACCGACAAACCGCCGUCACCAUGCUUCGCACUCCUACCGUCUCGGCCCUCGUGCGCAACGUCGCCGUCCGCGCCGCUAAGCCCACCAUCGCCGUCCGCGCCGCUUCCACCACCGCCAUCUCCAACCCCACGCUCGCCAACAUCGAGAAGAGAUGGGAGGUGAUGCCCAUGCAGGAGCAGGCUGAGCUCUGGAUGGCUCUCCGCGACCGCAUGAAGGAGAACUGGGCCGAGCUUACCCUCCAGGAGAAGAAGGCUGCCUACUACAUCGCCUUCGGUCCCCACGGCCCCCGCGCUCUCCCCCCUCCCGGCGAGCAAAAGAAGGUUCUCGCCUACACUGUCGCCGGUGUCUUCCUCUCUUUCGUCAUCUUCGCUACCAUGCGCGCCUUCGCCAAGCCCCCUCCUUCCACCAUGACCAAGGAGUGGCAGGAGGCUACCAACGAGUUCCUCAAGGCCCAGAAGUCCGACCCCCUUACCGGUCUCACCUCCGAGGGCUACAACGGCAAGGGCCACGUUCAGUCUCCCUCUGCCAACGCAUAAAUUUCCCAUACUUUUAUUUGUGCUUAGGGGUAGAAUCAUCCCUCGUUCUCUCGGAUAUCGGCCAUGUUAAACGAGUCUGGGAGGAUCGGGGGAAAGGACAGUGGUGGCAUUGGAAUGCUUUGGGGCGCUUAACACUUGGGUUGGUGUGUAAAUACUGU